AGGACCAGGACUUCCAUCAUGUCCAGCCAAACAGUUGAAAGCAUGGCCUCGGUACCAUUUGAGGAUCAGUUCCGGUGCUGCAUCUGUCUGGACAUCUACACCGAUCCCGUCUCCAUCCCGUGUGGACACAACUUCUGCCUGGACUGCAUCGAAGGCUACUGGGACACAAAGGAAAAGUCGGAGUGUCCGCUGUGCAAAGAGACGUUCAAAGAGCGUCCAGAGCUGAGGAUCAACCGAGACUUUUCUGAUGUCAUUGAAUUCUUGAAAAGGUCUCUGUUACCCACACCAAUACAAAAGGAGGCUGUUGAGCCUUUGCAACAGCAGCUAUCUGAGAGUGGCGUCGUUCCCUGUGAUGUCUGCCAUGGAAACAAGGCACCGUCAGUGAAGUCGUGUCUGGUGUGUCAGGCGUCUUACUGUGAUAUUCACCUCACGCCUCACCAGAGGGAUCCAGCUCUGCAGAAACACCGGCUGACGGAUCCGGCCACCUUCACCAGCAGCCACCUGUGCAGAAAACACAACAAACCUCUGACGAUGUUGUCUGACCUUUUCCAGAUGAAUCUGAGGGAGACAAAGUCCAACAUUCACCAGAUGAUCCAGGCCAGGCUCAAAAAAAUGGAAGAGAUCAAAAGUUCAGCGGAUCUGAGCAAAAGGGUCACAGAGAAGGAGAUUCAGAGCUGCUCUCAGAUCUGCAGCAUGCUGAUAACCACCAUUGAGAGGCAACAGGCUGAGCUCGUCAGGGAGCUCGAGGACAGGCAGCUGGAAGCUGAGAAGAAAGCUGAAGAUCUGCUCAAAGAGCUGGAGAAGGAAAUCCAUGAACUGCAGAAGAGGAGCAGCGAGCUGCAGCACCUGGAGCUCACACCGAGCCCACUUCACCUCCUGCAGAGUUUCCCGUCUCUGAGUAGACUCCCGACCACCAGAGAGUGGUCUGAGGUCGCAGUGCACUCUGAUAACUCUGUGGGGACAGUCAGGAGAGCAGUUUCUAGGCUGGGGGACAUGUGCCAGGAGCUUGCAAACACACUCUCAGCAGAGGAAGUGGACAACAUGAAUAAAUAUUCAGUCAAUGUCACUCUGGAUCCUGAGACUGCUUCAGGGUGGCUGGUCCUGUCUGCAGAUGGCAAGAAGGUGAGCCUCACCAACCAGAAGAAGAAGACUCCACUCCCAGACAAUCCCCAGCGGUUUGACUCCUGCGUCUGUAUUUUGGGGAAACAAAGUUUCACAUCUGGAAGACGCUACUGGGUAGUUCAGGUUGGGGAUAAAACAGAUUGGGAUCUAGGUGUGGCCCAGAAGUCCAUCAACAGGAAAGGUGCCAUCAUGGUUCGUCCUGACAGCGGUUACUGGGCCAUCUGCCGCAGAAAAGGUGGCAGUCUCAGCGCCUGCACAGGGCCCUCAGUCACCCUCAACCUUUAUGAAAUCCCAAAGAAAGUCGGCAUAUUCCUGGACUAUGAGGAAGGGUCUGUGACCUUCUGUGACGCAGAGGCAAAGACUCACAUUUAUACUUACAGCAGGUGCAGCUUCAGGGAGCCUCUCUACCCAUACUUUAACCCCUGUGUUCAACACAAUGGGAGAAACGUCACCCCGCUGGUUAUAUGUCCUCUCGGGGGAGGUGUCAGGGAAGAACAGGACACAAGCAUCGAAUCAGCUGUAUGAUGUGAUGCUAACUAAUUUUUUUUUUUUUUUUAAUUUUUGAACCAAUUUUGGUUUGAACAAGUACUUUAAAUAGACAAUCACAAUGGUUGUUCCUGCUGAAACCACAUAUAGAUGUGAGCCUUCCUUAAAAGACUGAAAGAGUCUGUUAGGAGACAUUUAAAGUGAAACAAACACUAUAGUUUGAAUCUCAACAUACAAAAAGCUUUAAGCAUUUAAGA